AUGGCAAUGAUGGAGCCGGCAACGCCACAGAGCAAUUUCGAGGGCGAGAAGGUUGACACCCAGCCGAUGAAAGACAUCGACGAAGAUGUCGACUUGGAAGCUACUCAGAACAGAUCUGGAAUCCCAACAGCGACCGACUGGUACCCCGAUGCUGCCAGAGACCCGGCGAACCCGCAGAACUGGUCGAUGUUGAAAAGGGUAUUUCAUACCGCGGUGCCCACGAGCAUUGCUUUUUUAUGUCCAUUCGGGUCGUCAGUCUAUACACCAGCGAUAUCUUCCAUCAUGGCGGACAUGGGAGUGAAGCGAGAGGUUGCUUUGUUGCCUUUCGUUUUCUAUCUUCUCGGGCUUGCUUUUGGACCUGUCCUUGCUGCUCCUCUCAGCGAGACUUUUGGUCGAAGAAUCGUCUACAUUGGAGCUCUGCCGUUGUUCGCGGUCUUCACGAUAGGGGCUGGCUUCUCGACCAACAUCACUUCGCUUAUCGUCUGUCGAUUCUUUGCCGGAGCCUCGUCAAGCCCUGGGUUGAGCAUUGGGUCCGGCACCACAGCAGAUGUGUGGCGUCCAAAUGAACGAUCAGUCCCCAUGGCUAUUUUCGUGACGAGUGUUCAAAUGGGGCCUGUGUUUGGACCACUGAUCGGUGGUUUCGUGGUAGAGAAACGUGAUUGGCGAUGGACCCAGUGGAUCAUGUUAUUUGGCUUGACCAUUGUCCUCGCUAUCACGCUAUUCAUGAAAGAGACGUACAAGCUUACGAUCCUGAAAGCCAGGGCAAAGCGACUGGGUAUACAGGGACCAGCAGAGCCUCAACGAACAAAAGGUGAAUUCAUCGCAUACUUCGCCAAAAAGACCCUUUCCAGGCCCAUCCACAUGGUGCUGACAGAGCCGAUUGUCACUUUCUUCGACAUCUACACCGCCUUCACGUUCGGGUUGCUGAAUGCAUUCUUCGCGGCUUUCUCCUGGGUCUUUGAGAACACAUAUGGAUUUGAUCUGGGUAGCACGGGAUUGACGUAUCUUGGGCAAGCAGUCGGCAGUAUUGUCGGUCUUGCCAUAAUACUCUACUAUUCCCAAUACCGAUGGGCAGAGGAGACGAGGAGACUUGUCGAGGUUGAUCCAAAGGCCAGGCUGCCUUCAGAGAGGAAGCUCAUCAUCGCCAAAAUCGGUGCGCCGCUACUUCCGAUAUCACUCUUCUGGUUCGGUUGGACAGCCAGGCCUUCUGUCCAUUGGAUCUCGCCCAUCAUCACGGAGGCUUUCUUCAGUUGCGGCAACCUGCUCAUAUUCGUCUGUGCCCUGAUGUUCUUACAGGACUGCUAUGGAUCACAAUACGGCGCGUCCGCAUCAGCUUCGAACACCUUCACCCGCUACAUCGCAGCUUUUGCCUUUCCGCUGUUUGCAGUUCAGAUGUUCGAAGCGUUAGGUAACGGAUGGGCCUGUAGCCUGUUGGGGUUCGUAAGCAUAUUGCUCAUACCCAUACCGUUUGCAUUCGAUCGAUAUGGAGAACGCAUCAGAGCCCGGAGCAAGUAUGUGCCAGAGGAAUGA